AUGGGGAGGAGCGGCCAUGCCUGCUCCGUUCUUGGAUCGCUGCUGCUGCUGCUGCUGCUGCUGCCGGGCCCAGCCGCUGCGCAGAAGGGCUCGGCCUGGAAGACGCUGAGUGGCGAUGCUCCAGCAGUCAUAGCUAAGGGUGGUUUCUCGGGCCUAUUUCCCGACUCCAGUGACCCUGCUUAUUUGUUUGCUGCCAGCAAUCAGGAUUCAGCCCAGUGGUGCGAUGUUCGGUUAACCAAGGAUGGCGUUGGCAUCUGCCUUCCAGACAUAAAAAUGGAUAACUGCACAACCAUAUCCGAUCUUUUCCCAAAGGGAAAGAAGACCUACCGUGUCAACGGUGUGUCCAUGACGGGGUGGUUCUCUGUGGACUAUAACAGCAUUGACCUGACCAAUGUAACUUUGCUGCGAGCAAUCUUGUCUCGUACAAAUAGGUUUGAUGGAAGCUUCACGCUAGUUCAAGUUGAAGUUGCACUGUCGCAAUAUAAGGCCCCUGCUUGGUUGAAUGUUCAGCAUGACAGUUUCUACAGCCAGUUUAAUCUGAGCAUGAGAAGCUAUAUCCUGUCUAUGUCAAAGCAAUACACGGUUGACUACAUCUCAUCCCCUGAAGUGAGUUUCCUCAAAAGUCUAGUUGGAAGAGUUGGCAGGAAGACAAAGCUUGUGUUCCGUUUUCUUGAUGAAGGCCUUGUCGAGCCAUCUACAAAUCAGACAUAUGGCUCAAUGCUGAAAAAUCUAUCAUCCAUCAAGACUUUUGCUUCUGGAAUACUUGUUCCCAAACACUAUAUCUGGCCUGUUACGGCAGAUAAUUAUCUGCAACCCUCUACUUCAGUCGUGGAUGAUGCUCAUAAGGCAGGCUUAGAAAUUUAUGCUGCUGAUUUUGCCAACGACUUUGCACUCAGCUACAACUACAGCUAUGAUCCGUUAGCAGAAUAUCUUCGCUUCAUCGACAAUGGUGCCUUCUGUGUUGAUGGUCUCUUGACUGAUUUCCCUAUCACUCCGUUAGAGGCCAUCGGCUGCUUCAGUAACCUGAACAACACCAAGGCAGAUCAUGGGGCACCUCUAGUUAUCUCCCACAAUGGUGCUAGUGGUGACUACCCUGACUGCACUGACCUAGCUUAUCAAAAGGCAGUUGUUGAUGGUGCAGAUGUCAUUGACUGUGACGUUCAAGUGACAAAAGAUGGCAUACCAAUAUGCAUGAGUUCCAUUGACCUAAUGGAUGUCACUACUGUUGCAUCCUCACAAUUUGCUUCUCAAGCGGGUGUCAUAAGUGACAUUAAGGCUGUUGCUGGAGUCUAUACCUUCAACCUCACUUGGGAGGACAUUGCCAACAACCUGAAGCCUAUGAUAUCAAACCCAUUUGGCCAGAUUAGCCUAUCAAGAAAUCCCAGAAACAGGAACGCCGGAAAAUUCAUGAGAUUAUCAGACUUCUUGGCUUUUGCAAAAGGAGAAGAUUUGUCAGGAAUCAUGAUUACUGUGGAGCAUGCUUCAUUCAUGGCAGAGAAACUUGGGUUUGGUGUGGUAGAUGCAGUGAUCAAAGCUGUCGAUGAUUCCGGUUACAGCAAACAGACCGCCAAGAAAGUGAUGAUCCAGUCAACAAACAGCUCAACUCUGGUGAAGUUCAAGCAGCUGGCCAAGUAUAACCUUGUGUACAAGAUCGACGAAGUCGUGAAAGACGCCGCGCCUUCCUCCCUCGCAGACAUCAAAAAGUUUGCGGAUGCUGUUUCUGUCAGCACCAAGUCCGUUUACCCAGAGUCGAGCAAUUUCCUGAUAAACCAGACGAACCCUCUCGUCAAGUCCCUGCAGUCUGCUGGUCUUCCAGUCUAUGUGUAUCUGCUGAGGAACGAGUUCUUUUCUCAACCGUACGACUUCUUCUCAGACGCCACGUCACAGAUCAACGCCCUUGUGCACAAAGGGGGAGAGGGAGGCGGAGUGGAUGGACUCAUCACCGAUUUCCCCGGGACGGCUCACAGAUACAAAUUGAACUCGUGCAGGAACAUGGGGGACAAGACGCCCUACUACAUGCUGCCUCCCCAGCGCGGCGGCCUCCUUGGGGUCAUACAGGAUAAAGCAGCAUUGCCACCAGCAAUGGCCCCAGAGCCGGUGUUGACUGUCUCCGACGUGGCGGAGCCGCCCCUUCCUCCUGUGCAGGAGCCGGAGCCGUCGUUGGUGUUCGAUUUCCAGCCUCUCGACCCGGAGGAUGCUCUCGCCGCCUUCUCCGUGCUCUCGCGGAGCAAAAUACCGGGGGUGGUUCGGAGGAGAACGCUGCGGCGGAUCCCUGACAGGAGGAGCUGGUUCGUCGGCCUCAGCGACGGCGGCGCCGCCGACGCCGCCGAGAGGUUCAGCGAGCGAUGGCCGACCGACCUGGUCGUCGGGAACCACGACUGCCGAGACUACACCAACGGUUGGCAGCCACAAUUGCCGCUUUACUUACACAACAUUGCUGCCAUCUCUUCUUUUCAUCAUCUCAAUCUUUUCUUUCUCUGUGUGUGUGCGCGCAUGAUCUCCUUCGCAAGGGCUGGUGGAAGUCUUGACAGGACAAAAACGCGUCCUCGACUCGCUGAGAUCAGCAGGCCGCCAAUGAGGCCGCGCCAUCAUGGGGUGGGCCGGACUGCUUUCUUCUACCUUUCCUUCUUUCUGUUGCACUAG